AUGGCUAUUCACAGAAUAGUUGCAGUAUCUAGGACUAUAGUGCAACAAACCUCGAGCACAUUAAUAAAGGCAAACAUCCGGCAAAUCUAUAAAUACAGUUCCAGAUUUGCCCCAGUCAACCAUCCUAAACAGACAAAAGCACUGAAAACUGAAAAGGAGAAAGUGAGAAUGUAUAUUGUCCAACGAUACAUAGAUUAUGUAAAUAAUUACACUACAUUACUAGAGAAGAGAUUCCCUACAGCUGUUAAAAUGUACAGAGUUUUCAGUAUAGGUAUUAAAGACUUUCUCAGUGAUCUUAAAACCUACAUAACAUUAAGGUUGAAAAUAACAAAGGAUAAAGGAUUCUCGAACAUGAGUCGCAAGGAUAUAGAACUGUUCCAAAAAAUGCCUGCCGAUAUGUGGAGAAUAGCUCCUGUGCUAUUUCUAUCAGCAAUACCAUUUGGGAAUUACAUUAUAUUUCCUUUAGCGUUUUUAAAGCCAAAAUCUCUUUUGUGUUCGCACUUCUGGUCGAUACAACAACGUGCAGAAUUCUCAGUGCAAGAUCUUAGAGACCGUCUCAGAAACAAUAAGCCCGUAUUUAGAGCACUUCAAGCUAAAUUGGACUUUAUACCUGAUGGGGACACUAAAGAAAAGUGGAGACGAGUUUUAGCGUUGCUUGGAUCUGGUGUACAUCCCACCGUGAAGGAUGUUCUUGAAUGUAAAGAUCUGUUUGUAAAACAACCAUAUCAGUUAACAGAUUUAACUUAUUCACAUAUGGGCUAUCUCCUCAAAAUGCAUGGUCUAAGGAAAGGCAUAUUCAGAAAAAACAAACUUAAAUUUAGAGCAUUUCUUCUCAUUGAAAUGGAUAAAGCUAUAGUAAGAGAAGGUGGUGUUGAAAACCUCAACACGGAGAGCUUACGGAAUGCCUGCCUCAUCCGAGGUUUGAACAGCAUGCAUCUCACAAAUCAAGAUAUGAGAGAAUGGCUUCAAAACUGGAUACAAGUAUCUCAAAAUGUAGAUAAGAACAGUUACUCUCUAGUAUUACAUUGUCCUAUAUUCUUUGCAUACAACCAUUCACAGAAUUGGGUGUUGAUCUAUUAA